AACAGUUUCAGAAACGCCCGUUACCUGGCUCAGCAGACAAACCAGUAAAAUCCUCAGAUCCCGGCAGUGACAGCGCUUGGUUUUUAUUAUUUUUCUCCCCGCAUUCGUUCGUGGCACAUCGCAAAGACUUUGAAAUUUGUGCCUUCGUAAAUUUACACGAUAACAUCGCCAAAACUGCCCGACAAACUGACGUUAGCUGCCCUCCCCCAGCUUACUUAUUAACCGGUAACAACACAAGGGCCAGCUGAGGAUAGGCUGAGCUCGUUAGCAAGCUAGCCUGCUGUCUCUCCAGUACAACUAGUACAACUGCCCUUUGUCUUUUCAAGCAAGGUAGCUAGCAGUCGCUAACACCGGGGCUUUUUUGCGAUUUUCUUUUACUUUUUUUCGCCUGACAAGAAUUAAGUAAACCAAGAUAGGCGGCUUGGGAACCAAGAUGUCGAACCGAGUGGUGUGCAGAGAAGCAAGUCACGCCGGGAGCUGGUACUCUGCCUCGGGAUCCCAGCUGAAUGCACAGCUAGAAGGCUGGCUGUCCCAAGCACAGUCCACCAUCAGACCUGCUAGAGCUAUCAUAGCACCCCAUGCCGGGUACACCUACUGUGGUGCUUGUGCAGCGCAUGCCUACAAGCAGGUUGAUCCCUCUGUCACUCGUAGGGUGUUCAUCCUGGGACCUUCACACCAUGUGCCCCUCUCCCGCUGUGCCCUGUCACCUGCAGACAUCUAUAGAACGCCCCUCUAUGACCUGAGAAUCGACCAGAAGGUUUAUGCUGACCUCUGGAAAACUGGGUUGUUUGAGAGGAUGAGUAUGCAGACAGAUGAAGAUGAGCACAGUAUUGAAAUGCACUUGCCUUACACUGCUAAAGCCAUGGAGAGUCACAAAGACGAGUUUAGCAUCGUCCCCGUGCUCGUGGGCGCCCUGAGUGAGUCUAAGGAGCAGGAAUAUGGGAAAGUGCUCAGCAAGUACCUGGCAGACCCAUCCAACCUUUUCAUCAUCUCUUCGGACUUCUGCCACUGGGGCCAACGGUUUCGCUACACAUACUACGACGAAUCUCAAGGAGAGAUCUACAGGUCUAUCGAGCAUCUUGAUAAAAUGGGGAUGGGCAUUAUAGAACAGCUGGAUCCAAUGUCUUUCACUAACUACUUGAAGAAGUACCGCAACACCAUCUGUGGGCGUCACCCUAUCGGAGUGCUGCUAAAUGCUGUGGCUGAACUGAGAAAGUCUGGUUUAGAAAUGAACUUCUCUUUCCUGAACUACGCCCAGUCAAGUCAGUGCAGGAACUGGCAGGACAGCUCCGUGAGUUACGCUGCUGGGGCGCUCAUCGUUCAUUGAGGUCAACCUUCGCAGGGGCCACCGCAACGCCGCCACCCUGCCCUUACUUAUCUAUCGCCAUAACCCGACCCAGACACCCUUCCUCUCUCUCCCCCCUCCCCUCCCCCGCCUCCCCCGAGUUACACCCACUAUUUGCAGGAAGGACCUUGAUACUCGAAGCCAAUAUAGUCUCCUUUCUCUGUCUCUCCUUCAACUCUCCUCCGCCUUUUCUCUACCCUCCUCUCAGUUUGAAGUGUGUCUCAGAGCUUUCGGUUGAAACAUUUUUGCUUGAAGUGCAGUUUUAUAGGAGCGAAUCCUUAGAGGAGAUAGGAAGAGUAGAAAUUGUUUCUGCUUGGAGUAAGCAUAGGGAGGGGGAAUUCUUAUUAGGAUAUUUUGUGAGGACUAAUGCCGUCCUCUUGGUCCCUUUUUUGUGUUCUGACAAAAAAAAAAAUUUUAGUUGUAGUAACAUUAUCUUUAUAUUUGGGCUCAAUCACUUUUUCUUGUAUUUUGCCUCAGAAAAACAAUUAAAAUAAAACUGCAGAUACUAACAGAGAAUAUUGAAAUGUUGCCGGAUGAAAAUGAGUGUUUUGACUGACUGCCCUAAGAUGCGUUCUACUUAAACUCUGAAAUCAGUGUCAUAGGUAAUUAAUACCAAUACUUUACAUAUGUUGUAGUUGCUAACAAAGGGCUGCAUCCAACGGAGUUCACUAACCCCAUACUGUACAAAACCAAAAACAUUAUUAUCUUAUUAGUUUAUAAAAUAUACUAUUUUAUUCAUAUUCCUUUUAAUUAGGUAGAUUUAUUGUAUGUGUUUUAUUAUUAUACGUGUGUUUCUGUUUUGGCCUGGGUGCCCCGAGACGAUGUGCUUACUGUUACUACACGGUAUCUGCACUCUAGGAGGGAUUUACAACUUUUUCUUUUUUUGUUAAUAUUUUGAUUGACUUAUGAAAAAUAUUAUUGGGAUGUUUUCAUCCUUAUGUUUAGUUUUUACUUCUUUGCUCUCGAGUCAGCGGCUACGUUUACAUGGACUCUAGUGUUAUAAUCAGAGUAAAAUCAGAGCAUAAAAGCCUCGUGUGACCACCUCAGUCUGAGCAGACUGGUCCAACUGGAAGGGAUUUUCAGUCUAGUCGAUAGGGGUGGUGCAAACCUUUAAAAAGGUGUUCAGAGCAAACAUGUUAGAGCUUUAUGUCCAAUUAAAAGCUUGAUUUGAUUAUUAUUUAAUACUUUUAUUCAGCCUCACAGCCGUGGCAAAACAAUAAGUUAGUAAAAUGAGACGUAGACUUAGCGACAUGAAAACGUGGGUCUGUCUCACUCCAUCAUUUUCUUCUGUUAAACAUCCAGAACCAGAAGUUAUUUUUGUGUUUUCAGCCUGGAUCAUUUUAUUCAGCAUCCGUCUCUUAACAGAAUGAUUUUGAUCGUACCUCAUUAGUGUCCGUGUACACGUAGCCCUGUAGAGUAUCAGUUACACAAGUUUACUGCAGACGAAGAGCACAACUGCAUAAUGUUUUCUAACAUAAAAACUGGCAGAUGUGGGUUCAUGGCUUUUCUCAGACGAAUCAGAAAAAACACUUGACUAUUUAUGUGGCGAAACGUCGAGUCUGAGCGGAGGCAACGUUUCUGAAUGUUUUCACAGAUGAGCGAACGUCCGGACACACGGAAGCUGACUUCAAAACUGCACUUGUUAUCAGCAGCAGCGUAGCGACAACAUGAUCCGCUGUCCUUUCAUCUCCCGAUUUGAUGUCACUGACUUUUUGCUGCUGAAGUCGGUUAUUCCCAUUUAAAUAAUGCGGUCCUCCAACUUAGGUCCCUCCCUCUUGGCACCGUAAGAAGUGUCACGCUUUGCAUUGAGCUACAAUAUCUGCUUGAACCAAGCGGGCACAGGCUGAAAGAUAAAUCCCCAGACCUACUUUGACCUCUACAGCUAAUUUAAGGGAAACUAGUAGAGCAUGACACACUGUGCUAUUGUGCCUUUUUAAUCACUGUUGCACAUAUACAUAUAAAGCGUAUUCUCACUUUUAGUCUUAUAUUAGGAUGUGUACUUCCAUUUUUCUUUUGUUUUCCCACGUGUUUCUUCCCCUUUGCCUAUUGCCCAACAUCGUCUCCAGCAUCGCCCGAACGCACCAGGCGUAUAUGACCUGCCCUCCCCUCCCCUCUCCCCACCCUCCUCUCUCUCCCAUCUGUUGGUCUAAAAUGGCACCAACUGUUAUCUUCUUUCUCCAGCAGGGAGUGGUGUUCUGUUUUUUUCUCCAAAAUCACCUCAUUCCUGUAGAGAGCGAGAGAGGGACGAAGGCUAAAACCUCAGCACUGUUCAUGUUCCGUUUAUGGAUAUAUGUUUGUCUUAGAAAAUGGUUUUUGUAUUAUAACUUUUCUUUUCUUCGUUAGAGGAUUGGAACUUACACGUCACAGACCUAAAAAAAAAAUAUACUACUUAACUACUCCCCUUAAAGGAGUUUUUUUGAUCUCAGGUUCCACUGACAAAGCAUCCCAAAAGGCUCUUCAGAUAAGGCCGAGGAUUCAUGUUACAAAAUAAGUAAAAUAUACUGAAAAGCC